GAUUCUUCACUGAGCAUUUGCGUUCACUUUCCGUAUCUCUCGCGAUCCAGGCGCUUAACUGUUGCUCAGCUGACCGAUUGCAACAAAUGCGAAUUACCCCAAGGACUGCUUUGUGGAGAUUGCCUCUACACAAGUUGAAGACGACAUAGCUGUAAGGAAGACCUGCAUCCUCAUUUUAUACACCAACAACAAACACUCUACGGUAUGGUUUCUUUCUUUCCUUGUAUUUUAUCUUCAACAGAACCCUAGAGUAGUUUUCUCAUUGUAACUUUUUGUUUUCUUUUUACUUGUUAGAUGAUUAGAUAUGACACAGAGAUGAUGAUAGUUAGAUAUUCUUUCUUCUUUCUUCCUUUUACUUGUUAGAUAAUUAGAUAUGGCAUAAAGAUGAUGAUGAUUAGAUAUCACUUCUUUUUUAGUAAACUCAAUGGACAAAGAAUGGAUGAGAUUUCCAAGAGAAAGCCCAGAGUACAUGAAGGGCGUAUUCUUUUUUCUUAAUUAUGCUUAUAACAAAGGAAAACCUGAAGGACUGGAGAUUUUGUGCCCUUGCGCUCAAUGCCACAAUGCUUCUUGGAAAACAGGAGCAGUCGUAUUUGAUCAUUUAAUAGGAAAUGGAUUUGAGAAAGGCUACGAUGUUUGGGAUCGCUAUGGUGAGGGGUUAAAUCCCAUGGAUAUCGAUGGUGAUACAGAUUCUGAAGAGGAUGAACUAGAUAACAUUGAUGAACUAUUGAAUGACAGAUUUAGAGAUGUGAUACAAGAGGAGUGUGGAGUUAACAAUGGUCUUAGUGAUGAUGCUAAAAAGUUUUAUAAUCUGAUUGAAGAAGCGAGCCAAGAGUUGUACCCAGGAUGCAAAAAUUUCUCUACAUUAUCUUUCACUAUUCGUCUGUACUUGUUAAACUGUCUUCAUGGUUGGAGCAAUGCAUCCUUUACUUCUCUAUUAGAGUUGUUGAAAGAAGCUAUGCCUUUAUUAAAUGUUCCUGAUUCAUAUAAUAAAACUAGAGGAAUGAUAAGAGAUUUGAGACUUGAUUAUAAUAAGAUUGACGCAUGUCCUAAUGACUGUAUGCUAUAUUAG